UUUAGUUUCGCUGUUUCCUUCCGGCAAUCGUAAAUCUCGUAUCUGCGCGGAUUUUGAUCCCAAAACAAAGAGUUUCUUGAUUCAAAAUCCAGCGAAAGAAGGACGAAUUCCUUCCUUGUAAAAUUAUCUUCACCAGCUAUCAAAAUGGUUUAGUAGCGUGUUCGUUUUAGCGCGCAAAAAUGACGUCCAGUACCAAGAAAGGGAAGUCAGCCGUUCUGGAGUUUGGCACACAAACGAAAGAGGUGCGCCAGAUUCUUAUUGAGCAGCUGAAAUGCUUUGAUAACAGAACAGAGGGAAAGCUGCUUUUUCUGGCUGAUAUGCAGGAGUUUUUCCGAAGGCUGUCUGAAAUUGAGAUGGAAUAUUCCCGAAACCUAGAAAGGCUUUCAAAGAUGUAUCUCGACAAACUUCAUAGGCAUAGAACUCAAAGGAAAGAAAAGGGGACCACCAUGGAUUUAUGGCAGCAAGUCCUUAUUGAAACAAAGAACAAAUCUAAGAUGCAUCAGGGUCUCAGUGAAAAUGUCUCUAGUAACAUUGUUAAUAGAUUUAUGAUCAUAAGUGACGACUGUCAAAGAAUAUCCAAGCAGUGUCGUGAAACAGCUACAACUCUUCAGGAAGAACUUGUCAGAUCAGUACAGGAACUUAGCAGGAAAGUCCAUCGCUAUCAUGCAAUUGCUUUAGAAAGCAAAACCGCAGAGCAGAAACUUCAAAAGAUGGAAGAUUCGCGAAGAAAGAAUGAAAAAAUGGCAAAGCAAGUUGAGAAGCAUCAGCAAAAGUCUACUGAAUGCAAAAAGAGGUGUGUCAAAGCUAAGAAUGAAUAUGUCUUAUCUCUGGAGUCAACAAACCGCUUCCUGGAGAAUUAUUACAAUGGAUUUCUCAAGACAUUGGUCGAUACUUUUGACUACAAUUACCAUGAUUCUUUUACACGAGGAAUUGAAGCGUAUGUCACUGCAGAGGCAUAUGCAGCUGGCUCCAUCAUCCAGUCAGUGGAUGGUGUGCGAGAAGCUAAGCUUUCUGUUGAAGCUACUAAAGACAAACAACUCUUCUUUGAUGACAAUGCAGGAACAUUAGUUUUACCAUUCACAUUUGCUUUCUUACCUUAUAAUGAUGAAGAGCUUUAUCAGGUGUCACCUCAACAAAUUGAUGUAAUAGAGCAUCACUACAGGGUGUUUGAGAGACUACAGAAAGCAAAAGCAGAAACAGAGGAGAUUGGAAAGUCAGCAGAGGCCACUUCAGAUGCACUCUGUGAGAUGCAUCGGCAGUGGGACAAUGAAAUGAUGAAACUGGACAAUGGAGAAGUGGAACCUGCUGCUGGAACAGCCAGCUGUCAAUCAAUCAAGAACAGCAGUGAAGAUUUAGAAUUGUAUUAUAUUGCGAAAAUGCGAGAGCUCAUUCUUACUAGUAGUUUAAAAGUCCGAGUGGAAGCUGAAAACGAUAUGCUGACCAAGACACUGGGUGAAGUCACAGCUGACAUUGUUGGAGCCAGGCUGAAGAGACCAGCGCUAGAUAUGUCCUCCAAAGAAGCUUCAGCGAUCCUAGACUCUGUACACAAGAAGACCAAAGUGUUUGGAUGUAAUCUAGAAAAUUAUGUGAAAAUUACGGGAAGAGAAAUUCCCGAGGUCGUAGAAAGUUGUGUCAAGUUUAUCAAAAAGUUUGGGCUGGAACAUCAAGGAAUAUUUCGGUUAUCCGGAUCUACAACGGAAAUAAACGACAUGAAACAACUUUUUGAAAAUGGUCGUGAUCCGCUAGCAGGGCUGAAUCAUUGGAAAGAUAUCAACGCCGUGGCUGGUUUACUACGGGUUUACUUCAGGGAACUUGAAGAUCCUUUGUUUCCUAGUUCACAUUAUCAAGAAUUCAUCAAAGCUAGCUUGUCAGCUUCAGUAGAAGAUGGUAUUAAAGAAAUUGUGACUGCACUCAAUUCGCUUCCUGAGUCAGUGGUUCGAGUGAUGGAGUACCUGUUUUCUUUCCUUAGUUUAGUUUCAGAGCAUAGUGAUUCCAACAAGAUGGACGCCCAUAAUCUUGCAGUAGUGUUCGGUCCAACGCUGUUACGAAUUCCGUCUGAACAGGACAUGAUAGCAUAUCAGAGUCAAGUGAAUGGUAUGAUCGAGCUAUUCAUUAAACAUUGCGAUGAGAUUUUCCCUGGCUCUGGAGAACCACUACCAGCGCCUUUAUCUGAGACAGAGGAGAGCGAGAGCGAGGAAG